UUUCAGAAAAUGCACUGUCUAUGUGUUCUUCGGAGUACGUUAUGCUGUCAAAUGCCCACAUCUACCUAUCGAAUGUUACUUCAAACGAAAGCUGUUCCAGUUCAAAUAAUCAAAAGAGAUUUGACAGCUAAAGUUAAAAAUCAGAAGUUAAAUCAGAAUAUUAGAAGAGUUGACAGACGUAAUGCUGCAUAUCUUUUGAGACAUACUACGUGGAAAGAUUUGGUGGAAUUAUAUGAAAUUGCAAAACCAUUUCGGAAAUGGAUAUUUUUGGGCACAAGUUUCAUGGUAGUGUCAAGUGGAAUUUUUCUGAUUAUUCCUCGAAUUUUGGGAAAGCUCAUUGAUCAAUUUGAUAGUAAUACGGGAGUUCAGAAAGCCGAGGAGGUGUUCACAAUGAAGAUUGCAAAAUAUUUCAAGGAGCAGCCCAUGUCGCUUGUUGGAUUGUUAGCAAUCGGUGCAUUGGCUACAGCUGCGAAAGUUUACUGCUUGCAAAUUGCAGGAGUGAACAUAGUUGGAAGUUUGCGGAAAAUGGUGUACAGUUCUAUUAUCAGACAGGAUAUGACAUUUUUCGACAAAAACAUGGUUGGCGAAAUCGGGUCUCGCCACGCUGCAGAUACUGUAAUCGUCGGAUAUUCGGUCUCAUCGUCCCUUCGAGCAGGAGUUCGAGCUGUUCUCGUCGGUGUUGGCUCUAUUGGAAUGAUGCUUAUGACGUCAUUGGAGUUGUCUACAGUCUCCUUUUUGACUGCUCCAAUUGUGAUGGGGAUAUUUAAAAUGUUUGGGAGAGUACAGCAACAAUGCACUUGGCAAUUGCAAGAGGUGGCGGCAGAUGUUAAUCAGACUGCGAUCGAGCGAAUGGCUAAUAUGAAAACGAUUCGAAUGCUCAGUGCGGAACAACAAUCAAUAGAUGAAUACUGUAAGAAAGGGGAACUGGUUUUAGAUAUUUCAAAAACUGAAGCUUUGGCAAAGGGAAGUCUGAUUGGAUCUUUCCAAUUCACAGGGUACUCUGCGUUCUCUUCGAUCUUAUUUUAUGGAAGUCACCUUAUCAAUACGGGACAUAUCACAUAUGGAGAGCUCUCAUCGUUCUGUCUCUACGCUGUUCUCGCUGCUGCAAGUCUCUCAAAUAUCUCUGGAUUUUACAAUGAAGUUAUGAAAGGCCUCGGAGCUUCAUCUAGGCUUCUCGAGCUGAAAAAUGCACAACCUAUUAUGAAUCUGAACUCUGGAAUUAAGAAGACUGACAUUACCACAUCAAUUCAAUUUGAGAACGUUUCAUUUGCAUAUGCUGGACGCAAGAAGACUUUGGAGAAUAUAUCAUUUGACAUUCCACGUGGCAAAAUUACUGCCGUAAUUGGACCAUCUGGUAGUGGCAAGUCGUCAAUUGCAAACUUAAUGCUGAGACUUUACGAUCCGGCAGAUGGAAGGGUUACUGUAGAUGGAGUUGAUCUACGCGACCUGAAUGCUACAACAUGGAGACAUGCAAUUGGAACCGUUGGUCAGGAGCCUGUUCUGUUCACUUGCUCCAUUCGAGAAAAUAUAUUGAUGGGAACAGAGCAUCCGGAGAAAGUUAGCCAGUACGAGCUGGAGGAAGCCGCACAGCUGGCUAACGCAUUGGAUUUUAUUCAAGGAUUUGAGAAUGGUUUUGAGACGAUGGUCGGAGAGCACGGAUGCAAGUUAUCUGGAGGCCAAAAACAACGAAUCGCGAUCGCACGUGCACUGAUUUCAAAGCCAAAAAUCAUGAUUCUUGAUGAAGCAACUAGCGCUCUUGAUGCAACCUCUGACUAUUUGAUUCGAAUGACUUUGGAUAAUUUGCUGAAAAAUCAUAAUUUGACAGUAUUGGUUAUUGCACAUAGACUCGCCACAAUGCAACAAGCUGACCAAGUGGUUUACGUGAAUAGAGGUCGAAUCGAAGGCCAAGGAACAUUUGAUGAAAUGAUGAAAAUUCAGAAUUCGAUUGUUGAGCAAGAAGCAAGGCGUCGAGGCAUCCCGAUGAAUGAGCAGAUGAGCAGAGUAAAUACUCCUGUGGCUCGCGGAUUUUCAUUAAAAUUCUAGAAAUUUUUAGACUUUUUCAUUUAGUGUUUAACAGUUGAACAUGUGCACAAAUAAAAAAAACUUAU